AUGAAAUUUUCCACUUUGAUUACUUCUGCUUUGCUAGGUACUGCAAUUGCCGCUCCACACGCCGCCCACACCCACAAGGAGAAGCGUGAUGUUGUCACCAAGACUAUGCACGCCGUCCAAACCGUCGUCGUCGGUCCAGAUGGAACCCCAGUCCAAAAGGCUGAGGCCAUCAACGAACAAGUUGUUGAAAACGCUCCUCAACCAACUACCCAGCAACAACAACAACAACAACAACAAGCUUCCCCAGCUCCAGCUAAGUCUACUACUGAACUAGCUCCAGCUUCUUCCCCAGCUUCCUCUUCCUCUUCCUCCUCCUCUUCCAACACCAAGAAGCCAGACACCCAAGUUGGUGGUGCCGGUGUCAAGGGUAUCACUUACACUCCAUACAAUGCCGACGGUACUUGUAAGGACGCCUCCGCUGUCGCUUCCGACUUGGCUGCUUUGUCCCAAUACCCAACCAUCAGACUAUACGGUACCGACUGUAACCAAGUCGAAAACGUCUUCAAGGCUAAGGCCUCCGGUCAAAAGCUUUUCUUGGGUGUCUUCGAUGUCUCUAACAUCCAAGGUUCCGUUGACGCCAUCAAGAGCGCCGUUAACACUUACGGUUCUUGGGACGAUGUCACUACCGUCUCCAUCGGUAACGAAUUGGUUAACGGUGGUCAAGCCUCUCCAGCUCAAGUUGGCCAAUACGUUGCUGCUGGUAGAGCCGCUUUGCAAGCUGCUGGUUUCAACGGCCCAGUUGUCUCUGUCGACACUUUCAUCGCCGUUAUCAACAACCCAGAAUUGUGCCAAUACUCUGAGUACAUGGCUGUUAACGCUCACGCUUACUUCGACCAAUACACCAAGGCUCAAGACGCUGGUUCCUGGUUGUUGCAACAAAUCCAAAGAGUCUGGACUGCUUGUGACGGUAAGAAGGAGGUUGUCAUCACUGAAUCCGGCUGGCCAUCCAAGGGUCAAACCCUAGGUGUUGCUGUCCCAUCCAAGCAAAACCAAAAGGAUGCUGUCAACUCUAUCACUGCUGCUUGUGGUGCUGACACUUUCUUGUACAACGCCUUCAACGACUACUGGAAGGCUGACGGUCCAUACGGCUGUGAAAAGUACUGGGGUGUCUUGUCCGAUGAAUAA